GUUACAAUAACAAACCUUGACAGACACACACCUUUUAGUCGUUUUCAAAAUUUUUUCCGGACUUCAGAAGGUAGCCAGCCGUCAGACGACCAGGCCAAUAAUGCAUCAAUUCGCAUUCUGGAGGAGCGAUGUGAAGAAGCAUCAGCUGGAGCAGAUCUCGCCCAUCUGGAAGGAGUUGAAUGCAACAUUUGUGACUGUCCUCAGCUGGAGUUGGCUCAUUUACACCUUUUCUGCAUUGGUCAUCAUCGUUUGUGCCUAUUUUGCAUAUUGUGAACGAUGCCGAAGAACGGAAACCGUAAGACGUCGACGGGUGAUACAAAGAGCUCAGGAGAGACCCCCACAAAAACGACGGCCAAAUGCGGCCUAUCGGGAUCAUCAGAUCUACCGUCAUAUCAUCCUUAGUGUGGCCAAGUACAUGAAGAAUCCUGAGGGAAUUCGGCCUUUCAUAGAGCACAUGGACCAGCUAUAUCCCUUAAGACAUCCAUUGGCCGAUCAACAGCAAGUGGCCGAGCUCUCACUGAACGUCAACGAUGCAGAACCCAGUACUGGAGAGGAUUAAUGAUUAAGUAUUAAGACGGUCUACUUAUCCGAUUUGAAGAUGACAUUUAAAAAGCUGUAAUUUAGGUUGUACAUUUUCCAAAUUAUAUGCACAUAGGAAACGAAAUGUAAAUAAAUAUAAGUUUAGGUUCUUA